CCAGUGGUUACCACACAGAAGGCGGUAGGAACCAGCACUGUUGUACCAGUGGUUACCACACAGAAGGCAGUAGGAACCAGCACUGUUGUACCAGUGGUUACAACGAAGGCUGUCGUGACCCCAUCAUCAACUCCCAGACAAGCAGUCACGACAGCAGCUCCACUGUCGACAAAAUCGCCAGUUGCAACAACCUCAGCACCUGCACCAAUUUCUCUAGACAUUGUUAUCCUUAUUGAUGUUAGCCAAAGCGCUACGAAUACCUAUGACGAUAUGUCAAUGUUUGUGCUGACACUGAUGCAGAACUUCGCUGUAUCCCAGUCCUAUGCUCGUACGGCUAUUAUCCCGGUCUUUGGCACACCAGACCUGGGCACGAUGGCAGUUGCAACCCUCGACUCGAUCACAUCGUACAACAUGCUGACAAGCUACCUAAGCCAGACUAAGGAUAACUUCAAUGACUUCACCGAUCAGGGACAGGCACUGUCAUUAGCUCUUUCUACAGCCACCAAUCCUACUUUCAAGCAAGCUGGUUAUCGUUCAAAUAUCAGUAACCACCUCAUUCUCUACGUUACCUCCACUUCUGGAUUCUCUACUGGUGCUCAAACCACGGCUCAACAAAAAAUCGCUGGUGGCAAUGCUUGCUCAUUUUAUGCACCCGAUAAGGCUACUCUUAACCAGCUAUCUGCAUCAGUUCAGGCACUUAUCACCGCCGCAAGGUAGUC